AUGGCCGACUCGGAAAGGACAGCGACCCAGAGCGCUGCGCCGUCUGUCGACGAGAAAAAGGGCGUCGCAGAGACGGUCAUGCCUCCCGUCGCUGGCCUGCCAGCAGAGGCUACGGAACCAAUCACAGGUACAGCAGAAAAGGAAGACGACUUUGUCUACCCGGCCAAAUGGAAGUUGGCAGCUAUCACGAUUGCCUUGUGUUUGUCGGUGUUCUGUAUGGCUUUGGACAACACUAUUAUUGCCACUGCAAUUCCCCGCAUUACAGAUGAGUUCAAAGCUCUCAAUGAUGUCGGCUGGUAUGGAUCUUCAUACCUCCUCACCACCUGCGCCACACAACUCAUAUACGGGAAGUUCUAUUCAUUUUAUAGUAUAAAAUGGGUCUACCUGACUGCCCUCUCCAUCUUUGAGCUUGGCUCGUUGAUUUGCGGUGUUGCGCCAAAUUCGACUGCUCUGAUUAUUGGUCGUGCGAUUGCUGGUGUUGGUGCGGCCGGCGUUUUUAGUGGAGCCAUUUUGAUCGUGUCCGUCACGGUACCACUACGACAACGUCCUACCUACAUGGGUCUCAUCGGCGGCAUGUAUGGUAUUGCAUCCGUGGCGGGCCCAUUAAUGGGCGGCGCAUUCACAGAUCAUCUAACCUGGCGGUGGUGUUUCUACAUCAAUCUACCGUUUGGUGCUGUCACUGCCGGCUUCAUCCUCCUCUUCUUCCAGAUCAGUCGCCGUGAGAAGAAGUCUGAGGCUACGCUCAAGGAGCAGAUCAAGAAGUUUGACCUCGAAGGCACUUCGCUGUUUCUGCCAGCCAUCAUCUGCCUCUUGCUCGCUCUGCAAUGGGGUGGCAGCACCUAUGCGUGGAAUAGUGGCCGCGUGGUUGCCCUUUUGGUCCUUGCUGGCCUGUUGAUUAUAGGGUUCAUUGCCAUUCAGUGGUGGAAACAGGAAGACGCCACGGUUCCUCCCCGCAUCUUCCUGAAUCGCAAUGUCUGGGGGUCUGCUUGGUUCGGUGCGAUGCUGGGAGCCGGAUUUUUUGUCAUGGUCUACUUCCUGCCCAUCUGGUUCCAGGCUAUCAAGGGGGUUUCGGCUACCAAGUCUGGGAUCAUGAACCUUCCCGCCAUUCUCGGCCUUGUCAUCGUCUCCAUGGGAGCCGGUGCUUUGGUGACGGUGAUUGGAUACUACACACCCUUCAUGUUGCUCUCUUCUGUUCUGAUGAGCAUCGGUGCUGGACUGCUUUCCACACUCGAAGUAGACAGCGGCUCUCCCAAGUGGAUCGGUUACCAGGCCCUGUUUGGGGCUGGUGUUGGUUUUGGCAUGCAACAGACGCUCAUUGCCGUCCAGACUGCGCUUCCGGCCAAGGACAUUCCCAUUGCCGUGGCCUGUCAGAUGUUCUUCCAGACACUGGGUGGAGCCCUCUUCAUCUCGGUCGCCCAAAAUGUCUUCACCAACCAGCUCAUCAAGAACCUCGCUGCCGUUGUUCCUGACCUCGAUGCAAGCAUUGUGCGCAUGACGGGUGCGACUGAGCUCAAAACUGUGAUUGAGCAACGGUUCCUGCCUGGCGUGCUUACCGCUUAUAAUCUCACGCUCACACAAGUCUUUUACGUCUCCGUCGCUACGGCUACGGUGUCUAUUGGUGGUGCGGCGUUUGUAGAGUGGAAGUCGAUGAAGGGCAAGAACAUACAAAUGGCUGCUGCUUAG